AAGUCACCUCGGCGCCUGCGCAGAGGCCCCGCCGCGGAGCCUCGGGCUGGGACUCCGGCGCGGCUCAGACUCCGACUUGGCGGCGACGCCGGCUGCAGCUCUCCUCGUGGGUUGUUUCUGUCUGGUGCGACGCCUGGCUCUGCCAUGAGCCGGUGUGUCGAGGCGGCGGCCGUGGCGGCCACGGUGCCGGGCGCCGGCGUGGGGAGCGCGGGGCUGCGGCCGCCGAUGGUGCCCCGCCAAGCGUCCUUCUUCCCGCCGCCGGUGCCCAACCCCUUCGUGCAGCAGACACGGAUGGGCGCGGCGAAGCGCAUCCAGAUUUUCCUUCUUGGAAUUAUCCUGCUUCCAAUUCGUGCUUUAUUGGUUGCAAUAAUUUUAUUACUGGCAUGGCCAUUUGCUGCAGUUUCAACAGCAUGCUGUCCUGAAAAGAUGACCCAUCCAGUAACUGGUUGGAGGAGGACAAUUACUCAACGAAUUUUGAAGUUUCUGGGUCACGCCAUGUUCCUUUCGAUGGGGUUUAUAGUUACUGUGAAAGGAAGGAUCGCAAGUCCUGUGGAAGCACCGAUUUUUGUUGUCGCUCCUCAUUCAACAUUCUUCGAUGGAAUUGCCUGUGUCGUAACCGGAUUACCUUCUAUAGUGUCUCGACUUGAGAAUGUGCAGGUCCCUCUGAUUGGCAGACUGUUAAGGGCUGUGCAACCAGUGUUGGUGUCUCGUGUAGAUCCAGAUUCUCGAAAGAACACAAUAAAUGAAAUAGUAAGACGAGCAACGUCGGGAGGAGAAUGGCCCCAGAUACUAGUUUUUCCAGAAGGUACUUGUACUAAUCGCUCCUGUUUGAUUACUUUUAAACCAGGAGCCUUCAUCCCAGGAGUUCCCGUGCAGCCAGUUCUCCUCAGGUACCCCAACAAGCUGGAUACCGUGACUUGGACAUGGCAAGGAUAUACAUUCCUUCAGCUUGUUGUUCUUACUUGCUGCCAGCCCUUCACAAAGGUGGAAGUUGAGUUUAUGCCCAUUCAAGCACCGAAUGAUGAAGAAAAACGUGAUCCUGUCCUUUUUGCCAGUAGAGUCCGGAAUCUGAUGGCAGAAGCUCUGAGAAUUCCAGUAACAGAUCACACCUACGAAGAUUGUAGAUUGAUGAUUUCGGCAGGACAGCUAACAUUGCCUAUGGAAGCUGGGCUGGUGGAAUUUACCAAAAUUAGCCGGAAAUUGAAAUUAGAUUGGGAUGGCGUCCGUAAGCAUUUGAGCGAAUAUGCAGCUAUUGCGAGUUCCACCAAAGGGGGAAGGAUCGGAAUUGAAGAAUUUGCAGAGUAUUUAAAGUUGCCUGUUUCGGACGUCCUGAGACAACUCUUUGCACUCUUCGACAGGAAUCACGAUGGCAGCAUCGACUUCCGAGAGUAUGUGAUUGGCCUGGCCGUCUUGUGCAACCCUGCCAACACAGAGGAGAUCAUCCAGGUGGCAUUUAAGCUCUUCGACGUGGACGAGGAUGGCUACAUCUCAGAGGACGAGUUUUCCACCAUUAUGCAGGCGUCCCUUGGGGUGCCCGACCUCGAUGUUUCCGGCCUCUUCAAGGAAAUAGCCCAGGGGGAUUCUGUGUCCUAUGAGGAAUUUAAAAGUUUUGCCCUAAAGCAUCCAGAAUAUGCUAAGAUAUUUACAGCGUAUUUGGACCUUCAAGCGAGCCACGUGUUUUCAUUGCCAGAGGAAGGCCAGACAGCUCCUGCAGUCGCAAGUAACAAAGUCAGUCCUGAAAGUCACGAAGAAAGUGCCUCAGGCAAAAAAGAUGACUGAAAGCCUGUAUUCCCAGUAAGGAAAUGCACUGGCCUUUACUUGAAAUUGUAAAGGCAUUUAUCGAUAGUGUAAAUAUGAUUAUCGAGUAACGAUGAUGUUUGAAAUGGAAAGCUUUUUUAUAAAACAAUGGUAGAUUUUAUUA